AUGGAUACUGUGGCUCUCACCGUCAGCUCACUUGUGCAUCAGGCGGAGACCCUGAACCUUCCAGUCAUCCGUAGCAAGUCUCUCGCACUCACUAUCGCCGCAGGUAUCCCCAUCGUGGUGCUCCUGCACGACACGUCAGACUGGUGGUUGCCAAAGAACUGGGAAGUCCCUGUCGUCUCUUGGUUUCGCCGCAGGUGGCGUCAGGACCCCGAAAGCAAGGUAGCGCACCUGACACUGGCUCGCAACGCGGUCCUCUUCUUCUUUGUAGCCAUGGCACUGAGCGAGACCCCCUACUACCAGACGACAGUGGACUACGUGGCCGACCGUGUCUCAAGCACCACCGCACGCAAGUCCUUUGAUGAGCAUAUUAAGGCGUCCCGACGAACUGCGUUUGGAGCUGCCAGCGACGUAGUGGGAGAAGAAGGGUACAGCGACGCGAGUGUCCGCCAGCAGCGGGACACGGCGCUGCGCCGUCGUUUUGUGCAUGACAACCGUAACGGGAACUAG